GCUGUCCCUGCGGGAAAACGAUGAACGGGACGCGAAACUGGUGUACCCUGGUGGACGUGGACCCGGAGGGCCAGACUGCGGGCAGCGUGGACAUUCUCAGACUGACUCUCCAGAGUGAACUGACAGGAGAGGAGCUUGAGCACAUAGCCCAGAAGGUGGGCAGGAAGACCUAUGCCAUGGUGUCUGGUCGUUCGACUGGUCAUUCUCUGGCCUCGGAACUGGUGGAGUCCAAUGAUGGACAUGAGGAGAUCAUUAAGGUGUACUUGAAGGGGAGGUCUGGAGAUAAGAUGGUCCAUGAGAAGAAUAUUAACCAGCUAAAGAGUGAGGUCCAGUAUAUCCAGGAGGCCAGAAGCUGCCUGCAGAAGCUGCGGGAGGACAUAAGUAGCAAGCUUGACAGGGACCCGGAAGACGCGCUCCACCGACAGGAGACGCAGAUGGUGCUAGAAAAGCCAAAUGGUUUUAGUCAAGAUACCACAAGCCUGUAUAGCAGCCCACCUGAGGUGGACACCUCCGCAAACGAGGAUGUGGACAGCUGGAGGAGGACCGUGCAGGAGCUGCUUGCCAAGCUGCAGGAGGCUGAGCGGCAGCACCAGUCAGACCGCGCGGCUUUCGAGGUCACACUCAGCCGGUACCAGCGAGAAGCAGAGCAGAGCAAUGUGGCCCUUCAGAGAGAGGAGGACAGAGUGGAGCAGAAAGAAGCAGAAAUCGGGGAGCUGCAGAGGCGCCUGCUGGGCAUGGAGACGGAGCAUCAGGCCUUACUGGCCAAAGUCAGAGAAGGGGAGGUGGCCCUAGAGGAACUUCAGAGCAAGAACGCUGACUGCCAAGCAGAACAAGAAAAGGUUGCCACCCUGGAAAAGGAAGUGGCUGGGCUGCGGGAGAAGAUCCACCACUUGGACGACAUGCUCAAGAGCCAGCAGCGGAAAGUCCGGCAAAUGAUUGAGCAGCUCCAGAAUUCAAAAGCUGUGAUCCAGUCUAAGGAUGCCACUAUCCAGGAACUCCAGGAGAAGGUCGCCUAUCUGGAGGCAGAGAAUUUAGAGAUGCACGACCGGAUGGAACACCUGAUAGAGAAGCAGAUCAGCCACGGCAACUUCAGCACCCAGACCCGGGCCAAGACCGAGAACCUGGGCAGUGUUAGGAUAUCCAAGCCCCCCAGCCCUAAGCCCAUGCCUCUGAUCCGGGUGGUGGAAACCUGAGCUCCAGGAGAUGGAUGUUGCCACUGCUGCCACCUGUCACCUGCGGAGAAGCCCACCUUCCCUGUAGGCUGUUAACAUUGACUUUGACUUCAUUCAUGACUGUUUCCUGGCUACACCCAGGACGUGGGGCGUGUGUGCUUCACUGUCCCCAAGCUCUUGUCCUCUGUUUGCUGGGCAGACGGAGCAUGAGCACCUCCUCUGGGCCCUGCGGCCCCUUGGAAGACUUAUCUUGCUAGCAGGAGCUAGGGCGAUAUCCUUAUUCCUCUAGUCAUUAUUUUCUCUGUAGCCGAGCCUCUCUCUGUAUACUGGAGUCCAGCAGCACCAGAAGCCAGGCCCUCAUCGGUUCGGGAUGAGGUAUAAGAUUUGUCUCAACACUAAAAGUUGGAGGCCCAGAUGUCCAGAGUGACUGGGGCAUGUCCUGGAGGAAUGAAGUUCCUCUGCAAACAGCUCAGUUCUUAGCAACUAACUGUUUGUUUUCUCCUUGCUCCACCCUCAGCCCAUGUGGACUUGGGCGUCCUUCAGACAGUUGGGCCACCUGCUGAGGCCUGGUUAGUCAGAGAACCUAACUUUGACUGGACAGCCUUGUUUUUCUGGGGACAAGGGAGUAGCUAAAGCAACAGGACUCCGUAGGACUGCGGGAAGUUAUUUUCGGCUUCUCUGUUGUGCAAGCGCCUGGGCUCUCUCGGGUCUUCCCCCGAGGCACACUGCAGGGCACGCCUCAGCCUCUCUGACCGGCGCCUCAUAGCUGUGUUUUCACUGAAUUAUGUCAGUCCCAGCAAAACCCUCGUUGUAUUUAUUUGCUAAGUUAUUGGUGUUUCUGGUUACAUCUCAUCAUUGAUUUAAUACCAAAGUCCUGUGGCCUUCUCUUUGGGGUGUUUGAAUUUACUUGAAACUUGAAAGAAUGUUCCCCUCGGCCUUGCUGAGUUCAGAAUGGGUGGUGAUGGAUCUUACUUGCCUUCUGCCACCUGCUUCUUCUCCCUUUUUCCUCCAAGCUUGGUCUGUACUCAGGAAGGCAGGUGCACUUUCCCUGAGGCUCGGGGUCGGCUGUGUUGCUUGGAGGAACAGGGGGAUCAGGACUCUUUCAGAGCAGGGGUGGGUUCUCCCCCGGCCCCUCUGAAGGGCUCUGCAUUAUAAUUGUCUUUAAGCCUGGUUCUGAAUGACCCUAUAGCUCGUCGUGUUUCCUUUAGGACUUUCCUGCAGCCCUAAGAAGUAUAUAAUCAUAAUAAGAGUGUGAUGCUUUAGGAAACAGAACUUAAAAUAAAUAUGGAUUAAGUCUUAGGUUCUACUUGGCUCACAAUCAGAUCAGGACUGGGUUCGUGUUCUGGCUUUGUUAGUGGUGUCUGGGACUCCAGGCAGUCCCCUCAUCUGUGAGAUGACAGUGCUGGGCCAGGUGAUCUCCAUGUCCCUCCAGUUCUCAUAUUUUUUCCCCUGUGGCAUAUGCUUUGUAUGGUGAGCUUAAUAAAUUAUGUUAAUAUGUCUCUUUAA